AUGGAGUACUCGUCGCUACUGAAACCCACGGAGAACCUCGAGAACUUGGAGAGACAGCUUAUGUGUCCGAUCUGCCUGGAGGUUUUCUCCAAACCCGUCGUCAUUCUGCCGUGCCAGCACAACCUCUGCAGAAAGUGUGCCAAUGAUGUUUUCCAGGCCGCCAACCCGUUCAUGGUGACGCGAGGUAACACGGUGACGUCCGGAGGUCGUUUCCGCUGUCCCUCGUGUCGCCACGAGGUGGUGCUAGACCGGCACGGCGUGUACGGCCUGCAGCGUAACCUGCUGGUGGAAAACAUCAUCGACAUCUACAAGACAGAGUCCACCAGACCGGUGAAAAAGGUGGACCACCCGAUGUGCGUAGAGCACGCGGAGGAGAAGAUCAACAUCUUCUGCCUCACCUGCAGCAUGCCCACGUGCUCUCUGUGCAAGGUGUUCGGAGCUCACAAGGACUGCCAAGUGGCCCCCCUGGGGAGCGUCUAUAAAAGCCACAAGAACGACCUCAGCGACUCCAUUUCCAGACUGGUGGCGAGCAAUGACAGGGUGCAGCUGAUGAUCAGCGAGAUGGAGCACAGCUGCAAAGUCAUCGAUGAGAACAGCCGGGUUCAGAAGCAGAUGCUGUGCGAGCAGUUCGACGGCGUUUACGCGGCGCUGGAGGAGAGGAAACAGGAGAUGCUGAUGGUCAUCUCGCAGGAGCAGGAGGACAAGAACCAGCACGUGCGGGACCUCAUCAAGCAGUACAACGAGCACCUUCAGUCCGCCUCCAAGCUGGUGGAGACCGCCUUCCAGGCCAUGGAGGAGCCCGAGGCUGCGGCGUUCCUCCAGAGUGCAAGCGCUCUUCAGAAGAGCGUCGUCGAUGCUACAAAGGGCUCCGACAUGCCGAAGAUGGAGAUGGGCUACGAGAACAUGAACCACUUCCUCGUCGACCUGGACAACGUCCAGGAGGCCGUGAGGGGCAUUGACUUCGGCAAAGAUGCAGAGGAUGAGGACGAAGAGGAGGAUGAGGAGGGGGAGGAGGUUGCAGAGUCUGAGGAAGGUAACUCGGACAGCUCAGAUGCAGACGGGAUCCACAAGUGAUGUCGGCUAAAUGGGGGGGGGGGGGGGGGGGAUAUUGGGCUCUUCUGUACAAGACAAGGCUAAUGAAGACGACUGGUGGUUGAAAAUGCUGCUGAUACAAAAUGUAUAUUUAUUAUUAUAGUAAGUGUGGAAGAAUACGAUUUCCAUUUUUUUUCCAGGGCAAUUCUAAGUGGCUAUAUCAACCUCUUUGGCAACUAAAUUGUGGGUGGUUUCAAAUUAACUUGAAUGUGGGACAUUGACAUAAAUUACAUUUUAUACUUGACAGUUUUGGUAUUUAUGAUUUUUUUUUACAUAUGCACGUGUUCAUUUUUUGUUUGUUUUGAUAAAGUUGAGAUGCGUUUUUUUUCCCCCCCUUUGUUGUAGUUCUAAAUAAAUUGCACUUUGAUGAGCCCAAUAACAGCACUUGGAGAGAAUGUAUAAAAAUCAUCAUGUAAUGUAUUAGAUUGUGCAAUGCUUUCUGAGCUGUUAAAGGGUCAGUGGUGCACAUAUUGUAGCCAAGGAGGGGGAAAAUUCACCGCCGAAUUUCAUGCCAGCGACACAAUUCACCAACAGCAAUACCCCGUGAGGAUAUGCACAGCCAAUGUCCUGGUGUGGUGGCACAACCGUUAUUGUAUUGAUUGAUUUUGAUCGCUUUUAUUUGUCGACGUGGGUAAGAAAUGCUCAGCCGUGAGCUGCGUUAGAAGAAUGAUCCACGGAGGAACUUUGUUAAAAAAAAGAAAGUUACAGAAAAUAAAUCAAAACAUUGCAGACACUGAGUAGCAAUGUGCAGAUUAGGGGCCGGUGGACCACGUGGAGUUGGAACCGUAAGGUGUAGGAGGCGGUACAGCAAGUGGGUCGCAGACCCUACCUGUGCAGAUUUGGAGCGACGUCUCCACGUGUGUGCGGGAGGAGCGGUUGGCGCAGUCGUUAUCGCACUGCGCUCCAAACCUCGACACGCCUGAGUUGGAUUUCCUGGCCAAGGCCAACGUGAGUUGCGAGUGAAACUGUGAUCCGAAGUGGUCCUGUCUCCCUCCGUUCCCCAACCCCAUGCCCGCUUCCACCCUCACCACAACCUCUUCUCCGUCCCGAAUUGACCAGCCGUGGUGAAGUAUCGUAACAAAAAAAAACACGCAACAAUCCGCAACCGGUAACCAGCAGUGGAUUGGCAAAGGCCUAUGAAGUAUAAUAGGGCGCGCGUGACGCCAGACUGGAGCUGUGCAUGAGUCCCAUCUCACUACAAUUGUGAAUUGAAUAAAGAUACCUGAGGCUUGGCAACCCUCUUGCUGUGACGCGUUUAUGGGAGCGAGCAGUUUGACGGGACCUGACUACCUCACCUCUCGGUUUAGGCCAUACAGGGCGGUAGAGUACGCAGGCACGGUGGAGAUGUUGUCCACAUUUCACCCCUGCCGCAAGCGAAGUGCCAUCGGACUUGCAUUAACGCAGGAUGCUUAACAAAAAAAUGUUAACACUUUUUAUGGGACUAUCGUUUUUAAUGAUGAAAAAAACCCCCCCGGAUAAUACAUAAUAGCAAAUGUGUAAUGUUCAUAGCUUCAAAAAGUCAAAGAGUCUCCCACUUGUUCGCCAUCGUUGUCAAACGCGUGGCCCGGGAUCUUCUCCAGGUGAUCUCCAGAGCCCGGAGAUACAUUUGUCGUGGUUAUUGUUGCAAAAUUCUCAGAAGCGUUUCACAGUUUUUAUUUAUUUAUUUUCGAAGCACCCUGUAUAUCGCUCGUUGCCUAUAUUAGUAUGCCGGGGUGGACAAUCUACAACGGUGGACCAGUGACAUUGCCCGUAACCUUCAAGUGCCUUGACCAGAAUCGUAACCUCGAGACUUCUGGACUGUUGUCGCCGCUUGUCUCGCUACGCCUGAAAUUCCACGGUGGGUUUUUGGUAUUGCUCUCACAACGUGCGCCUCGAAAGAGCAUGUUUGUACGGCCACCUCAGCAUACAUAGCAUUUAGCGAUAUAGGCACAGGGGGACAUUUGUGUGCGGUUCUUCAGGAUUUAGCACUGUGACGGUGAGUAGGCUACAGAGUGAUAAAGGGUUGGAAACAAAAAUGUUAGCUACUUGGCUAGUGUUAGGCAGAGAAUACCACUUUAGAACAAGGUUUUUUUUUGUUGUUGUUGCAGUUGAUACCUAUAAUUGACUUGAGAUGUUGUUUUAAUCUCAGGUAUUAACUUGUUGUUACUGUGAAAUGCGAAGUGUCGUGCUUGCAAUAAACGUCACUACCACUGG